ACCUAAACAGAUUACGCGAGGCGCAUGAAGGACACGGCGAGCUCGCCGCGCUUCCCGAGGAGGGGAUUUGGCUCCAAAAUAGGACGCUAAGCCGCCUUGCAGCCUCGCGCUCGGUUUUUCUGUUAUUAUUACUUCAAGCGGCGCCGCGAAGGGGUCGGGUUCCGGCUAGGCGCUCCCUCAGGAAGAGGAAAGCAGAAAAAAAAAGCCGUCGACGACAACGGCGCCUCGUCCGCUGUCGCAGCAAAUAUGGAAGGAGCCGCGAAAGGAAGCGCUUCUUAACCGGGGCCCAGCUUCCCCUCGGUUUCCAUGACAGUUAUUAGGGCAGCGGAGAAAUUGAAUUGUCUCCCACAAUGCUCUGGAGAAAGGAAGCGGGCGGGGGAAGAGGAGGCGGCGGCUGCGCCACUGGCGAAGCGGCGGAGUUCUCCUGACCCGCAGUAACUCGCCUCACGGAGAAUUUCCCCAAACUCCCUGGAUUAUCAUGACGCCUCUUUUUUGGCCGCUCUCUUUCUACUUAGGUUAACCGGGGUGCAUGUGGUUUAUAUAAAUAUAUUUCAUUUUUUCUUCUUCUUGUUAUUGUUAUUGUUUGCGGGAAGACCGCGUGGGUUUGCCCCCCCCACCCCUCCCUCCCUCCCCAAGCUGCGCGCGCUCGAAGCAGCUCCAUGUCUGGCCACGCAAGGAUAUGAACAAUUAUUAUACAGGUGGGCUCUUCGGAGAGAGCGGAGCUCGGAGGCGUCCAAUCAGGCUCCGGCAACCUGCAGCCCUGUCAAAAUGCCUCUCCAGCGGAUCUCCGUAGUCCCCGCGCGGGAGACGGCCAGCAAUGGGAGAAGUUCGAUGGGCAGAAACAAAGAGAAGAACAAGGAAGUCGAGAAUGAGAAAUCUCCAGGCCGCUCAACAAGCCGCUCAAGUAACAUUUCAAAGGCAAGCAGUCCUACCACAGGGACAGCACCCAGAAGCCAGUCACGGUUAUCUGUCUGCCCUUCUACUCAGGACAUCUGUAGACCUCCCACCUUGCAUGACAUAUCAGAAGAUAAGUUUGAAAACUCGACCCCUGUCACAGUACUGAGUCCAGCUAGUAAAGAAACUGGUAGGAAACAAGUGAAGCGAAGGAUUAGGCGGAGGAAAGAGCCUGAGGAGAAUAAUGGGCAUGCAGAAAAGCAAAAAAGAGAGAAGGAUGGCAAGUUGCACCCAAACAUUGCAAAUCGUGCAUGGAAUGCCUUGCGCAAAGUAUCAUCCGAUUCAUCAUCUUCAGAUGAGAACCAUUGGGCCCUGGUUAGAAAGAGAGAGAGAGCCAACAUGCCCAGGAGAAUGAGAAGGCGGAGUACUUCAAACACUCGGACAGAUGAUUCUUCCAGGAAGAAUGCCAUUGAACUUGUAACUAUGGGGACAGGUGGGGAAAAGAAGCAAGAGAAGAUUGAGCCUGAAGGCUGCACUCCUAGUCACCGCAGGAGAAGGAUUUCACGGUGUAAAGAAACCUGCCGCUCACCGUCUUCUGUGGAGGCAAGGAGCUCCUUUAGACAAGGUGGAAAACACCAGGACAAGUGCAGCCGCAAGGAUCCAGAGCCUUCAAGGAACAUGAGACGAGUCAAAGCAAGCAAGGAGGAAAGUGGUUCAGAGAAAGGCCCAGACAGUGAUAUUUUGUCAGUUCCAGAAAAUGGAGUACCUGCUGGGAGAGGGCUUGCUGCAUCGGCUGCUGUUCAGAAACCUGCGUUUUAUGAUGACUUGUCUGAUGAUUUCGAAGUGUGCAGGAUCUGUCACUGUGAGGGAGAUGACGAAAGCCCCCUCAUCACACCGUGUCGCUGCACAGGGACCCUGCGUUUUGUUCAUCAGGCCUGUCUGCAUCAAUGGAUUAAGAGUUCAGACACACGCUGCUGUGAACUCUGCAAGUAUGACUUCAUAAUGGAGACCAAGCUCAAGCCUCUUCGAAAGUGGGAAAAACUACAGAUGACAACAAGUGAGAGGAGGAAGAUUGUCUGCUCAGUCACAUUUCACAUUAUUGCUAUUACCUGCGUAGUUUGGUCACUGUAUGUACUAAUAGAUCGGACCGCUGAGGAAAUUAAGCAAGGCAAUGACAAUGGUGUGCUGGAGUGGCCAUUUUGGACAAAAUUGGUUGUGGUGGCCAUUGGGUUCACGGGAGGCCUUGUCUUCAUGUACGUGCAAUGUAAAGUCUACAUUCAAUUGUGGCGAAGGCUUAAGGCUUACAAUCGAGUGAUAUUUGUUCAAAACUGUCCAGACACUGCCAAAAAACUAGAGGAGAAAAAUUAUUCCUCCAAUCAGAACACUGAAAUCAAAGACUCCGUAGUGGUGCCAGUAUCACAGACAGGUACAAACUCUCAGCAAUCAGGAGAAGAAACUGUUUCUGAUGUGAUGCCGGUUUGAUGGAAGCUGCGUUUCUCUUUCUUUACUGAAGAACAAAGUAAUGUGCUUUCCUACUGUUCAGCCACAUUAAAACAGCAAAACCACUAAGUAAAUUUGAAGGAAGAACAAAUGGGGAAAUCGAUCAAGAGAAGUUACACGUUACCUCCGGAAUGUAAUUGUGAAGUGGCUAAGCAUAGUGAAAAUGCAAAGAAGAAAGCGCAUCAGAGAUGACUUUCGAACAGGCAAACGAACAUGGCAAGUACCACUGUUGAUGGCUGAAAAGAGCUGCAUAUGCAGAUUUGCUACCAGUGUUCUGUUUACAAGGAGAAAACCCUUACAUCUAUUUGUUACUAUGGUCUUUUUUGCUAAUUAUCGUAAUCUUGGACACACUCUCUUCAAGGCAAUUUUUUAAAACAAUUCAUAUUUACCCUUAAAGUCAUGCAAAGAGAUUUGCACCAUAGCACAAAGUAUCUGAACCUCGUAAUGUGAUAAUUUUGCAAAGAGGUGGCUGACCUGCAGCAUAUAUGGUUUGAAGGCGAUAUGAAGGAAAUCCUUUCCAAAAGUUACCAUUGAAAACGUAUGUUUAAAAUGUGAGUAUUUGUAAACUAGGUAGCUGAAAAUAUCCCUUGUAUGCACAAAUGAUCAUUUUCUUUCACAUUUUUAUAUUCAUUUGGUGCAGCAAUUUGACUGCUGCUUAUUCAUAAGAGCUAAAAUUGACAGAAUAUUCCUGCCACCUCCAAAAUUCUGCUAAAGGGUAAUAUGUUCUAUAAUCAGAGGUAUAUUGCAGACAGAGCAGCAGGAAACUUUGAAAACAUGUUUUUAGUACUUACAUAUUAGUGUGUAAAAUAUGCAAAGGGUGGGAGAUUAAAUUCUAUUCUUUUGUUUAAGAGAUCAGGAUAGAACAGAUUCAGAAACUUGUUAGGACAAUAUUGAAAGAGUCAAAGUAGGCAGCAUUACCCAUAUGCCAGUAUCUCUCUGACGUCCACUAAAUUGACAAAGUAUGUGGUACCUUCUAUACAGGAGUAAAGCUGAAUCAUUAAUGGUUCAGUAGUUCAGUUGUUACUAUUGUGGUUUUAGCAUAGUAAUGUAAGACUGAAGUGUGACUAAAUAGAAAAUGCAGAAGAUAUAUAUCAGUAUCAUGUUGUACCCAGCAGGGAUGACUUGCAUGGGGGGAAAGCCAAUAACUUUGGCAUCCCAUUUCAGAAUGAUGUACCUCAGCAGACUAAAUGAUUGGAUGUCCUAAAAAGAAAGGGCACUGCGCCUGUCCUUAUACCACUCUUAUGCUUGUUGAAUGUAUUGUGAGUUGUGCCCAAGUAAUGUGAGUUAUACAAGAACAGUGUUACUAGUAAUGAGAGGAACUUAUGGUGGCAAACUGCAGUGGAUUAAGUAAUUUUUAAAAAGGACUACAUUUCAUAUUUCAUACUUAUAAAACACAGUAAGACAUAGAUUCUGAAAAGACUCAGCAGAUGUAUGUGAUGGAUCAGCUGAGACAUUGCAAAAAGCACAUAGCCUCCUUAAAAUUAAUGGGCCUUUCCCCAGUGAAUUUCAGUAGUUGAAAUAAGGCCUCUCUUAUUGGAAUCAUGGCACUAGUUUGGAAACUUUAAAAUGAGAUUAUGUAAGACAAUAGUUUAGCAAAAAGAGUUGAUAAUGGGGAUCUUGAAGAAAUGCAUUUUAACAUUUAAACUGCCAGAUGAAGGAGCCACACAAAUUAUUUGUGGGGUUUAGAACACUGUGUAUUUGAACAGAGAUCAUAGGAGGGACCGAACAAAAAUAAGAUCACAAUAAAAUUAAUUCCAAACUGGGUGGUUCAUAUCCAUUUCACUAAGAAAAAGACACACACACACACAUCCAGAUAUAGUCGAACUAUAAACUGAAGUGAUAGCUGACCUGGUGAUUUUCUGCCCAGCUAUAGCCAUUUAUAAUAAUGUACCAUUGCUUUGCAUAAACAGCUGACUUCUGUGAUAUAAAUACUUUAAAAGAUAAGGCAGCUGCAGCACAUCACACCAUACUGGACAGGGCACAAUAUAAAUUGCUUACUGAAUUCCACUAAAAUGCAACCAAGUCUCAAUGCAACCAAAUCAACAAUGUUUCAUCUUUAGGUCCCCAUGCAUUUAGCAAAUUAAAAGAAGGCCAACUGAUCAUUUCUCCCAACAGUGUAGCAAUCAAGCACUGGAUUCAUGGAGAUGGGCAUGACUAUAAAUCACAAUGCAUAGGGCAAAAAUAAUUUUUUUAUCACCAGAAGGAGACCAUGUUUUCAAGACAUACUAGUGACUUGGUUGCAUUGCUUAGAAGCAAGAUCUUUUCCUUUUUAAGAUGAUGCUUCUGAAAUUCAGUGCAGCUGGCUGAAGCAGCUAUGAAGGAAUAGUUACCACUUUUUUUUCACGAAAUGGAGAUGCCAGUUGUCACACACAUAGUGUUAUCUGUCUUUUCUAGUGCCAGUUAAUAGAUGACCAUUAGAGAUAUCAGAAGUUGUAUCAAAGAAAAUGUUUACAUGGUGGAAUAAGGUUACCCUUAGAAAACAAAGAUGAUGAAAAGUUAACAAUGAGGUAGUGUUAAAUGCCAAAUUAUUUGUCUUCAUCAACUCUGUAUGGGGCUAUCAGGGGUGUUCCCCUAUGGAUUGUUCUAUUAGCUUUACAAGCAUAACUAAGCAGCCUACUGGUGCUAUUGCCACAGCUGGAAAACAGUCAAUAGUUUGGUUCUAAAAUGUGUACAUCAGUACACCACUCCACCACCAAAAUUAGCAGUCAAAUUUUGAAACUUGCACUGCAAUGCAAUCUACGAUGCAAAUAUUUUACUGUGUAUAUUGUUGAGACCCAAAAGCUAUGUUACUUGUUUUACCCAGUUCUCUUUUGCAAAAGAGCUUAGAUGCUUUUGUGGGUGACUUGUGUAUUAAAAAGGUAUUUGGGAUGGGAAAGAAACUUAAUAUAAACUACUAAUUGUUGUGGAACAAAUUUGUAUUUGUAUUAAACAGAUGCCUCUAGGCGUUACUUGUAAGUCA